UUAGAGGUGGCGUCGCCAUCUUGCCGCGGAGACUGUGAGGGAAUCGCUGAGUCGGUUGAGCGGCUUUCGGUGGUUUUGGCUCUUGCGGCCUGGUUGCCUUUUACCCGUGCCGGGCCGGCCCCACUAUGCCGCAGUACCAGACUUGGGAAGAAUUUAGCCGCGCGGCCGAGAAGCUCUACCUCGCCGAUCCCAUGAAGGCACGUGUGGUUCUCAAAUAUAGGCAUUCAGAUGGGAAUCUGUGUAUCAAAGUAACAGAUGAUUUAGUUUGUCUGGUAUACAGGACAGACCAGGCCCAAGAUGUAAAAAAGAUUGAGAAAUUCCAUAGUCAGCUAAUGAGACUUAUGGUAGCUAAGGAAUCCCGAAGUGCUGCCAUGGAAACGGAUUGACUGGUUAGAAGCAAAAGCUCUGGUGGUCACAUUUGUAAAGGAAGAAAAUAUCACUUGAAUUCAAGAAAAUGUUGGGACAGAAGAGGCUUUAUAUAACUCAGUGGGCCCUUAAAAAGCUUGGGAGCAUUUUUUUCCUCUAUAGCUUAAAAAAAAUUCUUACUUCACAUAGCUAUAAAUAUAUAUGCUUUCAGUUGAAAGCUUCUAUUUAUUUUUGAAAUGUAAAACAUGCUUAAAAGUUUUUACAGGUUAUUUGAUGUUGGGCAAGAAUUGUAAAUAUGUUCUCUUGUAAAUUUGUAACACUAAUUUGAAAAGGAGAGAUCAGCCAUCUUUAUUCUGUGAAAUGCAUCUAGCCUUUAAAGAAAGCUAAAUAUUGUUUGUUUAGUUUGCUUUUCAACUUUUAACUUAGAAUUUAAGGUCAUUUUUUAUUGAACAUAUUUCUCUACAGAUAUAAUUUUGUCUGACAAAAUACAUUUCUGACCAAUAAACAAAACUAGCAGAAAUUAAUUUUGCACCAUAAUGAAGGUAAUUGUUUGUAGAAAUGUUUUAUGUCUUCUUUGAAGCCAUACCUAAAAUAUGGUUGUUCUUUCCAUAUUUAAACUGUUUUUAACCCUAAAUGAUUCCAUCAUUUCACUGAACUAUAAUUCAAGAUAAGAAUACAACUUUUGAAUCCAGUUGUCUAUGAUCAGAAACUGUUUUCAUAAAUGAGUGGCCAAUGUCCACCAAAGGACUGAAAAGUGUUACUCCAGAAAGCUUUGUUAUAUUUGGUCCAUUUGUGGAGUUUCUCAAAGAACCGAGGACUGAUUAAACUAUUGUUUCUAUGUAUAAACUAUUUGUACCCCUUCUUUUGCUUGUUAAUUUCUUAGAAGUAAUGAAGGUGCUAAAAAUGAUGUCAUAUCUGGUGUGAUUAAUUGUUGUGAUGGCUAAUGAAUUGCAAAUCAAUCACUAAAGAUUGAUAAUUUUUACAUUUUAACCUUUGUUGUUAGCACUUGUCCAGGGUCAUACAGCCAAGUCUAUGUGAGAGGUAGGAUUUGAAACCAGUCUUCCCUGAUUCCUAGGUCAUUUCUCUACUUGGUACACCAUUUAAAGUUUAAGUGCUCUCUGAGACUCUUAAAGAGUAGGUACUGAUAAGUUUAGAGGGAACUCUCCAAUACCAUUAAAAUCACAUGAGUAUUCUCUCCUCAUCCCACCCUACCCCCCAAAAAAAAGAAAAGAAAAGAAAACCUAAAGCCUCAAUUUUAAAAUAAUUGCCCAGCAUCAGAAUGAAGGUUCAACUUUAAAGAUGUCAUGUUAAGAUAAUUUUUGUUUGACAUUUUAUUUGGCUACUGUUUCAACAUUGUAAAGUGCCAUUAGCCAUUUAAGUUUUGGUAUGUUUCAAAGCAGUCUGCAAAAAUAAAAAAUUAAGAAAAAAGCAACAUAAAAA